AUGGCUUCUAUCAAUAACAACAAGACUUUCGUCUCUGACUGGUUGACGCCUGCUGCGGCUGUGGCAUUGCGCUUGGCCCUGGAAGAGUUUGAUGCAAAAAUCGAGGAGACUGGGAACGUCAUGACGUUUUCAUUGCCUCCCGUCCCUCCGGUCGCUUCCAUGCCUGUCGCUUCCGUUGCUUCCAUGCCCGAGGUUGCUCAGCAGUUUGAAGAUCUUCACGUUGGAGAAGAGAAGAGCGAUGGGUCGGUCCAGCAGCAGGAGGAGGAAGUUUCCGGAGGGAGCGAGACCGCCAGUGAGCUCGAUUUCGAUAGCAAUGAAGAGGAUGAUAGGAUUGCAGCUUUGGGAAAUCCAAGGCCUCCCUCUUCCUAUGCGCCUUCCUAUGACCGCUACAAUGGUGGUUGUGGCGGUCUCGAUUCGCAGGAUUUCCAUUUCUAA